AUGCAGUCCUUCGCCCUUCUCAGCGUCUGUGUGCUGCUCUUGAUCCAGAGUCAAGCUGUCUAUUGCGCUUUUAAAUGCAACAACAAUGCGGGACCGCAUGCAGGGAUGAAAAACGGGUUUUGUGGGAGGACUAAACUCGAGUCCGAGUCCACCGAAAGGCCAGCAGAUUAUAAAAUCUACUCGGCCGACCUGUCUAUAGGCAAUGGUUGGCUGACCUGCGCUGGCGUUAAUGGUGAAGGCCACGAUUUCGAAGAGAGAUGGUGCUGUGACCUCAAUGGAGACGGCUACGAAAUCAAUCACAUCGGCAUCAAGCGCUCAUUUGUUGAGAGGCACUGCUACACCCGAGGCACUUUCCCAAAACCUCCAGCCCCAUCACAUCACAACUGA